AAAAGAAGAAGCUUGGACAAAAUAAGCUAAAGAAAAAAUGUAUUUAACCUUGUUAAACGGCACCGGCUAUAUUUUCGAUGUGGACGAUUGUAUGGAUCUGCGCACAAAGCAUCGCAUAAUGGGCGCUCUCGUGGGCACAGCCAACAGCCGAGGCUGGAGCACCAGUGAAGCAGCUCUGCCGUUGGCAUUGACUAACUAUGAGACGCAGUUGCUCAUUGACGAAGGCAUCGCUGUGCUGGUUAGCAAAGUUGUUGAUUUAUCAAAACAGCCAGAUUCGGCUAAAUUGAUGGCUUAUAAAGAGGAAUUUGAUAGGCGUUUAUUGGCCCAGGCGGAUGCUUUAAAGGCGGAAAAGUUACGCGAAACCAAACGGCAUGUGGAUAAAAUUCUAAAUGGCAAACGCAACAAGUUGCUGCAGCAAGGCAAAACAGCAGAGGCUGCCGAUUUGACAGCAAAAGAUGUGCUGGAUGAGAUUGGCAAUCAUUUUGAAUUUGAUCGUCAGAAUGCUCUGGUGGAAGUGCCGUGUGCCCAUUUACCCAAUCAUUCCGCUCAGCUUUAUACGGAUCGAAUUUAUGACACUGACUCGCUUAAAUAUCGGGUUUUUCAUGAUCUCUGGAAAAGGGGCAAAUAUGUCACUGCUGGCGAUGCUUUUGGUGCCGAUUUUCUGGUCUAUCCCGGCGAUCCAUUGCUAUAUCAUGCCUCACACAUUGUCAUCGUUCAGUCAACGCCCGCUAUACGUCCACUCGAGUUGAUUGCCAAGGUGCGCUUAUCGGUGAUUGUCAACAAGAGAUGCGUUUUUGCCCAUGCGACAACUGCUGGCAAUCAGAUCGCUUAUCAAACGGUUGCCUGGUCCAAUCCCAGCAAGUAGGUAAAGUUUCAGGGGGACAACGAUAAGCAGCGCGCCAUUCAGUCGAAGUCGUGAAAGCUCUGAGAACGUGGUGC